AUGUCUUCCAAAGACUUCAUUAUCAAGCAUAUGAAUGCUGAUCAUCAAGACUCCCUGGUCUUAUUCCUCCGAGCCUACUGCGGCAUCUCCUCUUCGCAAGCCAAAUCCGCUAAUCUGGAGGACAUCACCUUGACAAACCUCAUCAUCACCGCCCAUGGAACCCGCUACAGUGCCCCCAUCGAGCCUCCCAUGAAAGACUACUCGGAAGCGCGCAGCCGCAUGGUCGCUAUGCACAAAGAAAGCUUGAAGCGCCUUGGUCGCAGCGACGUCACCCUCACCGAAUACCGUGCCCCCCGCGGAUUCCCAGUCGUGAUCUUCGUUUUGUGUCUCUUCUUCUACGCCAGCAACUUCCAGCGCAGCAACCUGCUUCCGGGCUCGUUCGUCUACGAGUACUUCGGGUACAAGUUUGUGCCUGGCCUUGCACACUUUGUCUACAACAUUCAUCCGUGGUUCUUCCCUUUGGUGGUGGGGAUUCAUGUCUUCGAGACUGCGUUGUUGAUUUGGACCCAAUUGAGACCACUGGGUGUCCCGGUUUUCUCGAGUGUGUGGUGCAUGUGGGUUGGUUCGUGCUUCAUCGAGGGAUUCGAUACAUUCCAGCGCAUUAAGCAGAUCGUGAAGGAAGAGCGGGAGAAGAAGGGCAAAAGCCAGUAG